UAUCGUAGAAAAUAAAAAACUGGUGCUUUAAAUAUGAAAGAAAAAAACGAUGCGUGGGUUCGGAUAGCGCAUUAUUUUAAUAGUCAAGGGCUCAGCAUACGCACGGAAAAACAACUAAGGAAACUAUGGGAAAAUUUAAAACAAAAAAAACACCAUUUUUUCAGGAAAAGACGAAAAACGAUCGAGUUCAGAAGAGAAAGUAUACUCACAGAAGGCGGUCUUCCUGUACCUGAUUUAUGUGAUGCCAUCUUAAAACUAGUAAAUGAAGCAGCACCACGUGCAGAUGUGAAAUUACCCUGCACCUGGGAUAGCAAGGCUGCAUAUGAAAAUAAAGAUAACAAUCAGGAGGACAAAGAAGAGGGCAUAGAUUAUGAAUUUGAAUAUUUGGAUGGUUGCUUCGAGGAAUCGUUGAUAGCACCACAUGUAACAGAAUCUAAACGAUGUCUUAUGCCCGUAUUCAUAGUCGUCCCUCAACUUGAGGUUGAGUUUGCCCUUCAUGAAGGGCUCUCAACUUUAAAGGAACCCUUAGUUCCAAUUGCAUUUCAUAGGCAGUUUUUAAGGUGCCCUCAGUUGAGGGAAAGUUUUCUAGGGACUUUCUUUAGAUUUAUGUGAUCGCCCACGUAACUGACUAUACGGAGUAUCUACAAUCAUAUAUACGUAUAUAGUCAAUGGAUGAGUUUAAUAAAAUUGAAUAAAAUGAUAAACAAAUGAUAAACAAAUGAUAAACAUAUGUAUUCCGGUUGAAAACUUCUUGCAUGUGGAACAUGGAAAUAAAAAAUGAGUUGAGUGAUACGAGGACCAAGCAGCAUUAUACAGAGUUGGAGAAGGUUUUAUUAGUUCAGCUUGUGAACGAUUAUCGUGAAAUAAUUGAAAAUAAAGAAACUGGUUCAGU